AGCGUGGUGUCUGGAUGUUCUUAUUUCAAUUAGUGUAACAUAACCUGUUUACACUUGAAGCGUGGCGGAAGUUGCGCAGUACGUCAUUGCAAUUUCCAAGCCCACGCAGAUGAUCAACAAGCAGCUUCGCGGUCGAAUAUUUUUCCUCCAACCCACCCCACCUCCUAUGCGGUUUCAUUUACAAAAUACAUGUCGAUUCACCUUACGACGAUGUUUAACCUGUUUAAGAUUUGCAAUAAAUUGAUAAAGGCAAAUGGAGGUUCCUGGAAGGAAACGCCAGAAAGGAACAUCUACUGUUGAUAUAACCUUGUGCGAGCCCUGCUCCCAAGAUGGAGAGACGUUUCCAGCCGAGGCCUUUUGUUCAGUCUGCAGGGAGUUUUUAUGCAAAACCUGCUCUAAUGUACACAGGAAGCUCAGAGCAACAAAAUCUCAUGCACUCUUGGAUAAGAGCAACAUUACCACACCAAUGAGACUCAAACCUGAUGAACAAGAGAGUAUUGAGCCUUGUGAGAUCCAUCCAAAGGAGUCCAUCAAAUAUUUCUGUUCCACUCACCAGACCCUCACCUGUGGACACUGUUUAGCCUUUGAACAUAGAUCAUGUGAUAUUACCCUCAUCUCUGAAAUUUCUAAAGAUUUCAAAGAUGGAUUGGAGCAUGGAUAUGUUUACAGAGUCAUUGACAGGUUAAUAAAAGACAUUGAUGCCUGUGUUUCUAAUGUUGAAAACAGGAUUGAGCUGGUAAAAAAGCUGGGCACAAAUGAGAUUAAUAAACUGAGAAUGUAUCGAGAUGAAGUUACUCAAUACUUUGAGGAAAGAGAAAAAUCUCUUUUGAAGAAAGUAAGACAGCUGAAAGCAAAUGACGAAACAAUGUUGGACUCCCUCACACCAAAGUGCAACAACCUAAAGUCCAAGGUAGAAACUAUUUUGUCCCAACUGAAAGAACUAGAAGGGAAUAAUUCACAGUUCUUUAUCAAAGGAAGGAGAGCCCUGCCACAUCUAAGAAGUCUGCAGUCUGCUUUGGUCGACAUUAAAAAGGAGACUUGUGUCCAACAGUACCUGUUUAUAAAAGAUCCAUUAACAGAAAAGCUGCUUGCAUCUACCACCGGACUUGGCAUUGUAGAAAAGACUAGUGAAUUAAAAACCGCAGAAAGUACGCCCUACUAUACAUCAACGAGUAACACGAGAACAACUGCAACAAAAGCAGACACAGGUGUCCCUGCACGGUGCGACCAGAAUAAAUCUAGACAAAAAGAAAGAAGGUCGGUGUCAGCUAAAAAUCGCCAGACUGAACCGCAUGUCGACCCAGUUGCAUCAAUCAAGUUCAAGCCACCAUCUAACACGGAGGACUCCUACCGGACCAGUAUGCUAGGUGCAGCCUUAACAUUCAAGCCAUCAGCUGACACUGAGGACAUCCACCUGACCAGCAUGCUAGACGCAGCCAUCAAAGUCAAGCCACCAUCUGACACUGAGGAUUGUUACCUGACUAGCAUGCUGCUCCUGCCAGGGGAGAGGCUACUCUUAGUAGACUGCAAUAAUGACACCGUAAUGAUGAUGGCCCUACAGACAAGCAGUCUGGUGUCCCAGAUCAGUAUGCCGGGCACACCAUGGGACCUCUGUCUCCUUCCAAGGGCCAUGGUUGCAGUUACAAUGCCCAAUAUUAAAAGCAUUCAGUACAUGGAAACAGAGGGACACCUCUCUCUGCUGGGAAACAGCAUCAAGGUCAGAGAUGAAUGUUAUGGUAUUGGUUACCUUAAUGGCCGGAUUGUUGUUUCCUACAAUGGUGGCAGAGUAGAAAUGAUAGACCUGAAUGGAAAGACAAUCAAGAUGAUAGAUAGUACUUGCAGUGGAAGACCGGCAUUUGAGGAUCCUUGUUUCGUGGAAAUUAUUGGCGAAGGUCAUAACGCAGUUAUUUAUGUGUCAGACAGCAAAAUGCAUACGAUAACCAAGUUUGACACAGAUCUGAGAAUCAUCCAGACAUUUAAAGAGCAUGCGCUGAGACAACCAACUGGCAUGAGUGCAAUAGGAAACCAGCUGCUUAUCUGUGGCUAUACCAGUAACAACAUCUUGAGUUUGGACAUGUCCACAGGCCAGAUGAAACAGCUGCUUAUAGACGAGAAGGAAAUAUUACAGCCAUGCAGUGUCUGCUACUGUCCGCAUUUGAAGAAACUUUAUGUCAUCUGCUAUAUGUUUGGCAAUGCUGAUUUGAACAAUACUGUAUUCGUCUAUAAGAUGCCAAAAUAACCUGAAAAUAGGUUUUUUUACUGACUUACUGAAAACUGAAAGAUUACUUUGUUGUAAAAUAUUACUAUUACUGUUUUAGCUUGCUGUUUAGCAUUCACAUUCAGUAAUUAUUGUUUAUAUAUCAUAUUUAUUCAGUCACAUGUACUGUCAAGCAUUUUUCUGCAAUUUUGGUGGAAUUUGAAUCUUGAAAAUAUGGUCAAUUUUCAGUGUACAUAUACCGGUAUUUAUAUAUAUUCAUAUAUGUGUUGUUUUCAGAGUUGUUUUUCCUGUGCUAUUGAAUGAUGUAUGUACUGUUUUAAUGAAUGUACUGUUUUAUAAUAAUAUAGACAUAGACAUCAUAAUAUAAUAUUGCUGAUAGAUCAGAAAUAUUUGCAUGCGUUGUGUAAGAAUUUUCAAUUUCAAAUAAGAGUCACAAUACGUUGAAGAAAUUCACUUCACUCACAGAUCGUGGAAUUUCAGCUUGAAUAUAGAAGUAAAUGUUUUUUAUGUCUACGCUUUUAACUUAAUAAAACAAG